CAUGUCGGAUCCAUUCGGAUUACGAUACGAACUCGAGUCAGAGAGAAUUCAACUCGAGUGGGUUCGAGUUACGCCCAACUCGAGUUAACUCGAGUUACUUACUCGAGUUGACCAUCACUAGUCAUUAUGCUGUUUGUUGUCGUUCAGUGAAGUCAAAGUCAGUAAAGUAUGUCGAGUCAGAUGAUAAUACAGAACAGGUACAGUCAAAUGAAAUGUUUAUAGGUCAUAUUCAGUCAUCCAAGUCAUCAUCAAGUGAAUGGUCAAUUAAUUUAACUAUAAAUAAUUCUCAUAUAAAUUGUAUUAUUGAUACAGGCAGUGAUGUCAAUAUUAUGUCCAAAGAUGUCUAUGAUUCACUUAAUAUUAAGAGUGCACUGUCUGAAACUAAUAUCAAAAUAAAGUCUUACACUGGAAAUAGUCUAGAAGUCCUAGGUCAACAAAACCUAAAGUGUGAAUUUAAAUUUAAUGAUACUUAUAUGUCAAAAGAAAUUAAUUUUAUAAUUGCAAAUGUCAACUCUCCAACUGUAUUAGGUAAACUUACUUGCUCAGAUAUUGGAUUAAUUAAAAGAGUUUUUUGUGUGGAUUCUACAAACAUGCAAAUGUCAGAUUGUGAUAUCAGUCAAUUGUCUUCUAAUUUAAAUCAAAAUGAGUCAAAUCCAAGUCAAGAAUUAUGUUCUAAAGUCACUAAGAGUCAGUCACAGUCACUUCCACCACAGUCAAGUCAGUCACAAAAUAUAAAUAUAAAUAAACUUAUUGAAUGUAAUAAUUCUGUUUUUACCGGUCUGGGUUGUCUUCCUGGUGAGUGCCACAUAACUACGAGUCCUGAAGUCCAGCCAAAAGUCGAUGCUCCGAGGAAGGUACCAUUCGCAUUACAUCAGAAGCUUCAACAAGAACUCGAGAAAUUAGAAAAAAUGGAUGUCAUUGUCAAAGUCACAGAGCCAACAGAGUGGGUGAGUUCUUUGGUUUUAAUUGAAAAGAAAAAUGGUCAGUUACGGGUAUGUUUAGACCCCCGAAAUCUAAAUAAAGCCAUAAAAAGGACUCACUAUCCUAUCCCAUCUGUUGAUAUGGUUCGCGCCAAGGUGGCAGGAGCGAAAUUCUAUUCCACCCUGGAUGCAAGUAGCGGAUUCUGGAUGUGUAAAUUGUCUGACAAGAGUUCAUACCUCACAACGUUCAACACACCAUUUGGCCGUUAUCGUUUUAAGCGUCUCCCAUUCGGUGUCAACUGUGCUCCAGAAUAUUUUCACAGAGUCAUGACGGAAAUAUUUGGUGACAUACCUGGAGUAGCGGUGUACAGCGAUGACAUCCUAGUCAGUGGAAAAACUAAAAUGGAACAUAAUGAUCGUCUUAACAUGGUAUUUAAUAGAGCAAAAGAAUUCAAUGUCAAGUUUAACAAAGAAAAAUGUACAUUUGCCAAAGAGAGUAUUAAGUAUCUUGGACAUAUAUUUUCAGCAGACGGAAUCACAGCUGAUCCGGAUAAAGUCAGAGCAAUCAAAGAUAUGCCGUCGCCUACUUGUCUAAAAGAUCUACAGAGAUUUUUAGGUAUGCUCAAUUAUUUGAGUCCCUUUAUUAAAAAUAUGGCAGGUGAGACAGAAGUUCUUCGUCAGUUGCUGAAAAAAUCUACUGAUUGGCAGUGGACUGCUAAUCAUGAAGCUACAUUUUGUCGUCUCAAACAACUAAUAUGUAAAGUCCCAGUGUUGUCACAUUUUAAUGUUCGUGAUCCUAUUGUCCUACAAAGUGAUGCUAGUAGCAGUGCUGUUGGUGCGGUGUUGUUGCAAAAUCAACAUCCCGUAUAUUAUGCUUCAAAAACAUUAACUGAUUCUCAGAAAAGAAUGGCUCAAAUAGAGAAAGAACUCUAUUCUAUAGUUUUUGCAUGCAUUAAGUUCCAUCAAUUUAUAUAUGGACAAACCGUCACUGUAGAGACAGAUCAUGCUCCUCUAAUAACAUUGUUUAAAAAGCCUUUAGUCGAAGUCCCAACACGUCUUCAAAGAAUGAUGUUGAAAAUACAACCUUAUAGUCUAAAUGUCGUUUACAAAAAAGGUAGUCACAUGUAUAUUGCUGAUACUUUGUCUAGAGCAGCGCUUCCUGAAACAAGUUCAGACGAAUUAGAUGAUGAUAUAGUUGUUCAUGUAAAUCUAUUGAUAAAGUCAUUACCAGUCUCAUCAGAACGCUUAGAGUGGUUAGUCAAAGGUACUAAUGAAGAUGAAAGUCUGCAGAUUUUGAAAAAAUACUGUAAAGAAGGAUGGCCGUCAAGUAAAAGUCAAGUUCACAAAGAUUUGCACGAAUAUUGGCAGUAUAGAUUUGAUUUACAUACAGAAAAUGAUCUGAUUUUCAGAAGUAACAGUAUAGUCAUACCUAAAAAAUUAAGGCCAGACAUUUUGAAAAUAAUACACAGUGGUCAUUUAGGUAUUGAAAGGUCAAAAGCGUUUGCUAGAGGUCAUGUAUUUUGGCCAUUUAUGUCAACUGAUAUAAAAAAUAUCGUACAGUCUUGUCAUACUUGCUUGUCACACAGAAGUUCAAAUGCUCCAGAACCACUUAUUCCACAUGACGUCACAUUACUACCAUGGGAAAAAGUUGGUGUCGAUUUCAUGGAUUAUAGAUCUAGGAAAUAUAUAGUGGUACAAGAUUACUACUCAAAUUUUAUUGAACUAAUGUCAGUAGCUAGUACUAACGCCAAAACAGUAAUUGUUUCACUGAAAAGUAUUUUUAGUAGACAUGGUAUCCCUAUCGAAUUGUUUUCAGAUAAUGGGCCUCCAUUUAAUUCAGCCGAGUUUAAGAAUUUUGUUUUUGAGUGGGGAAUUCACCACAAUACGUCAAGUCCUUAUGUGCCAAGGUCUAAUGGGUUGGUAGAGUCAGGAGUAAAGAUAUGUAAACGUUUACUUACCAAGUCUGAAGAGUCCGGAACAGAUCCAUAUCUUGCUCUGCUUCAAUUCAGAAAUACACCUAGAGGAAACUUACCAUCUCCAGCACAAUUGUUAAUGUCACGUUCACUUAGAACACAAUUACCUACAGUCACAAAGAAUUUAAAACCAAAAACAGUUAAGUUUCAAGAAUAUGUAAAAACAAAGGAAGAAAAUAAGAAGAAAAUGAAAGAUUACUAUGACAGGAAAACUAGAACAUUACCAGAACUACAAGAAGGAGAUAAAGUCUAUUUUAAGAAAAUGCCAGAUACUCCAUGGAUCACAGGUACAGUAAGAUCUAAAUGUGAUCAGCCUAGAUCUUAUACUGUUGAAGGGCCUGAUGGAUUUAUAGGAAGGAGAAACAGACAACAUAUUUUGAAGCCUCCGCAGUCACCUCAAACUGUAUCUCAAGAGAUGAUAAAAAGAAGUCCAGAUGUCGAUACAUCUCCAACAUCACAUACAGUGUCACCGUCUAUUGAAGAGCAUACAACUCCAGGUACAAGGCGCUCUAGGUUUGGAAGAGUUAUAAGACCCCCAAGACGGUUAGAUUUAUAAUUUAAGUUACUGUUUAAUAAACAUAAAUUGUGUUAGUGACUGUGAAGGACUGAUAUAAUGUUAGUAAUGUCUGAUGUUUAACUUUAAUGUAGAGUGUCUGUUUAAGUCUAUUUAAAGAGUAUAAUACUUAUAUUUUAUUCCAACAAAUUGUCAUAUUUUGUAUUACAUAAACAAGUCUUAUGUUAUUUGUCAAGUCUUUAAUAAUAAUAAAUAAAAGUUGUAAUAGUAGUCAAGUCUGUAAAACUGUAUCAAUCUGUAAAAUUAAAAUAUUUUACUUUUUUCUAAUAAGGAGGAUGUUAUGAGAAUAGUCACAUCACUAGUGUUACGCACAACACUAUCUCUUAAGAUGGCGUCAUGCUCCAUUGUCUUUGGUCUUUGGUCAUCGUCUUACAUUGGUUGUACUGAAUGUAAUGUAUUUCAUAUUACU